UUGGUAAAAUUAAACAAAAAAAAAAAGAAGCAGUUCUGCACAUCAAAAAAAUAGCUGAGAAAAUAAUAACUUUUUCAGCGGUAGACGAGUUUCCUGGUGGACAACGGCCUUGUGCCAGAGUUGUGUGCAAUGUAAGAAGAGUGGAAAACAUGCAGCACCACAAUUGCAACCGGAUAAACACAAUACAAACGGAUGUGCCCGACAUUGUGUUAACACAAUUAGCAUAAAAAUGAGAUUGGGCUGCGAAUGCGAGAGUGUAAUUAAAAUGCAAAGAAUGUACGCACUGCUGCCAACCUUGACAUUUUGGUUAAUCUGCUUUCAAUUGCCACUACAAUCGGAACAGCUGCACAUAACAGCUCCAUGCGAUCGCAGUCGCAAGGUGUUCACCGAGCCCUUCGGUGAAAUAAGCGACGGGCCCUCUGGCUACAAUUACACCCAGGACUCGCACUGUGAAUGGCUGAUAAAAGCGAAAAAUGACAGUCAAUUUAUAACACUAACAUUCCAUAGUAUGGGCACCGAGUGCUCCUAUGAUUAUAUCUAUGUAUACGAUGGCGAUUCCUUUAACUCGACCCUGUUAGGUAGCUUCAGUGGACGCACCCAACCGCAGAAACUGGUUGCACGCAGCGGUAGUAUGCUCAUACUCAUGUACAGUGAUACGAACUAUGUGCUCGAUGGCUUUCGUGCUUCCUACUACAUAUCAAAUUGCCUGAACAAUUGCCACAAUCAUGGCAAGUGUGUGGGCCAUCAGUGCGUGUGUCAUGGCGAAUGGGUGGGGCCCGACUGUGAGGAUGAGGCGUGCCCCCAGAAAUGCGGCGAGCAUCAGGGCCGGGGCAAGUGCCAGAAGAGCAUCUGUCAUUGCUCCAACGGCUACAGCGGACGCCUAUGCGAUUUGAGCGAUAAUCCACCGGGCAGCAGCUGGCGUUGGCUGGCCACCGAUGCCGAGGGCAUGACGCCCCGGGCCGCACACACGGCCGUCUACAUGGAGGACGAGGAUGCGCUCUAUGUCUUUGGUGGCUAUGAUCUGAACAAUGUCAUUAGCACGUUGCAGAUAUAUCGCUUCAGUAGCAGUCAAUGGGAGGAUGAGUGGGGCCUAGCGCUGCAGAGUCGCCGUCAUUUUUAUCAUCCGCACAAGAUUGAUCAUACGCUGCUGAAGGCGGUGCUGGAGCACAAGAACGAGGACGAGGCCAAGCUGUGGGGCCUGACCAGCGAUGUGAGCUUCUUUCGCAACAUACUCUACACGCUGGCCGAGUCGAAUUUGCAUCAGCGACGGACGCGCUCCUCGCUGCCUCUGACCACGGUAAAUGCCAACUCAACAGAUGAGGAGCUUACGGAGUAUCUGGUGGAUAUAUUCGAGGAGGUGACGGAUCAACAGCCGCACGGACGUUACGGGCAUGCUGCAGAUCGUGUGCCUGGCGGCUUUGUCAUCUAUGGCGGCAAGCAUGCCAAUGGCAGCUUCUACAAUGAUCUCUGGCAAUAUAAUAAUACGGAAAGCGGCGCAAAAUGGAAGCAAAUGGCUGUCAAUUCAGAGCUGCAGCCGCCGGCGCUGGCACGGCACACCCUCACCACGGCUGCCGAUUACCUGUACUUGUUUGGCGGGAGCGUGGAGUCGGGUGAAUUUUCCUCCAGCAUUUAUCGCAUACGACUUCCGCUCAGCGAGGACUCUCAGUGGCAGCUGGUGCAGCCGCGUGGCGGCAAGACCUUGGAUGUGCGCCUCGCCGCACACUCCACGGUUUACUAUGGUGCCACCAAUUCGCUGAUUGUUUUCGGCGGCAUUAUGACCAGUUUGGCACGCUUCUCGAAGCUAUCGGAUCGCAUUUAUGCCUUUCAGCUGGACCAGCAGCAUUGGACCGAAAUACUGUAUCCGCGCACGGCCCUGCGCGACACGAACAUUCCGCGGGAGCGCGCCUUUCAUACGGCAACCAUAUCGGGCAAUUAUAUGAUCGUAUUUGGCGGCUAUACGCAUCGCCAUAACAAGGACGAGAUCUGCUAUGAUAAUCAAAUGUAUUGGUAUCAUCUGAGCUGUCACAUCUGGAUCAACCAGGUGGUCUCCGCCGACGACAGUCUGUAUCCGAAGCAUCAGGGCGUGUUCGCCCACGCGGCUGCACUGCGUCGCAAUCACACGCUUCUAAUUGUGGGCGGCUAUCAUGGGAAUGUGAACGCGGAUCUGUUUGCCUAUGAGCUGCCGCAGGUGCUGCGCGUCGAGAAUCCCCUCUACAAUCACAAUCCGGAAAUGGCCUGUCGUUUGCACGCCUCACACACAGCUUGUCUCUCGAAUCCGGAAUGCGGCUGGUGCUCGGCGGACAGCAGCUGCUACGGCCGCACAAUUGGCGCCAAUUGCACCACCAAUCUGCAGACCACCCGCUGUCCUGGCAUCUGUCCCUCGCUGGGCGAUUGCCAUGCCUGUCUGGUGCAUGGCACCCAGUGGGGCGGCGGCAAUGGCGCUGCCUUCUCCGUGGCCAGCAAGCUGGGCCUCAACGAGUGCACGUGGUGUGUGCAGAAUGCGCGCUGUCAUCAUCGCGACGAUAACUAUGGGAUCUGCGGCGACAGCUCCGGCUGGUGGGGCGAGCAGGGCACCGAAAUACGCCAGCCAGAUAUGUGCACGCGAAACGAUCGUCGUCCCGGCUUGACCUACAUCAAAUACAAUUAUCCUGUUAACUUUACCAUGCCCGAUUAUGUGGGCAUUGUGAAUGCCACCAUGGUGGACUUUGCCUCGCCGCCGCCCACAGCCUACUUUGAGCAGCGGCAAGAGGGUGAAAUGCUGGCUCGCCUGCUCGGCUUUGUGCGUCCGCUGCAGCAAUGGAACAACAACAACUCGGCCAUACAGGUCUGCAGCAGCUACUCUUCGGCGGUGCUGCGCGUCGGCCUCGGCAUGAAUCUGGAUAUGCUUGACAAUGUCUCCAGCCAAAGCUCAAAUCAAUCCUAUUGCAGCAAUGUCCAGCUGCCCAGCACGGAACAGCCGUUCCUCAUCGAUUUCCAGGCCCGUCGUCGCAUUGGUCAGAACAACAUUUAUAACACGUAUCAGAAGACCAAAAUGGAGCUGCAGCAUUUGUAUAACGGUCAGCUGAAUGCGUUUACGUUCGAGUACCUGGAGCCGUAUUAUUCGGGCGAUUGUACACAUUAUAGCAACUGUCUGCACUGCCUGACAGAUGCCUCCUGUUCCUGGUGUCCACUGACCAGCAAAUGUCAUCUGAAGUCCGUUAACGAGAGCGCCGUUUGUGUGGCCCACGAUCCGGAGCACGGCAGCCACUGGGCCUAUCUGAUCAGCCAGCCAACGCAGUGUGCCAACUGUUCCAACUAUGUGACAUGUCGCGCCUGCGUCUCCACGCCAGGCAACGGCGAGUGCGAGUGGUGGCUGGACGAUGCGCGCUGCGGACGCAUUGGCAAAUCCAACAGCAGUGUGCGCGCCCUUGCCCAGUGUCCGCGACCGUGUCGCGAGCGUCGGGGCUGCGAUCAGUGUCUGGGCGAGCGCGGGCGCUGUGUCUGGUGCGAGGCGAGCGCCCAGUGCUUCAGCUUUGCCGUCUACACCAGCGAGUAUCAGUUCGGCAUGUGCCGCGAAUGGAUCGACAAGGUGACCACGCCGCCAACAGCUGCAGCGGGAGCAUUGGGAGCAACAGCAGCAACAGGCUCCUCUGCCACACCAACGACCACCUUGCUUAUGCAUCCGGCGCCAGCGCUGCGCUCGCUGCAGCAGUGCAAAUCCUGCGAGCGUCAUCGCAAUUGCACCUCCUGUCUGCGCACGCUGAGCUGCGGCUGGUGCUUCGAUCGGGACAAUCCCAUCGAGGGCAUCUGCAUGCAGGGCGACUUUAGCUAUAGCGCCGGCAACUGUUCGCUGGCGCUGAACAGCAGCUCGCAGCACGAUGCCGAGUGGGCCUAUGCCCAGUGUCCGGAUGUGGACGAGUGCGGUCUUGGACUGCACGACUGCCACAAGGAGGCCAAGUGCACGAAUACCCAGGGCAGCUACAAUUGCCAUUGCCGGCGCGGCUAUGUGGGCGACGGACGCUUCAGCUGUGUGCGCACCUGCUUCGAGUUCUGCCAGCACGGCUACUGCUCCGGCGCGCCGGACUACAGCUGCAAAUGCGACCUGGGCUGGACGGGCCCCGACUGCGGCAUCAGCUGCGGCUGCAACAAUCAUUCCACCUGCAUGGAUCGUGUGGGCAAAUGCGACCAGUGCCAGGCCUGGACCGAGGGCGAGCGCUGCGAACGCUGUCGCCAGGGCAGCUACGGCAAUGCCACCGCCAACGUUGGCUGCCAUCCCUGCGAGUGCAACGGCCACGGCAAUCAGGAUCUGGGCAUCUGCAAUGUGAGCCACGGCGAAUGCUUCUGCAAGGAUAACACACAGGGCCUCAAGUGCGAUAACUGUGCGCCGGGCUAUUACGGCGAUCCGCGUGACGGCGGCCAGUGUUAUUAUCAGUGCGAAUCCCGCGGCAUUCUGACCAGCAUUGGACGCAGCGCCAUCGGCUCCUAUCAGUCGUAUCGUUCGCCCUGGGGCGCCAGUUUGGAGGUGCGCGAAUGCCUCUGGAUAUUGCAGCCAAAGACGUUGCAGGCGGAGAAGUCACUGCUGCAACUGGAAUUCCAAUGGAACAGCCUGGUCAUGGACUGUGACGAGAAUGCCGUCUACAUCUACGACAGCCUGCCGGAUCUGACGGGCGCCGCACAACAGAACCAGCUGCUGGCCGUCGUCUGCGAGCCGUACAGCGCGGCCCGCAUCAUCGAGGCACGGUCCAGCCACGUGACCGUCUACUAUAAACAGGGCAGCGAGCGGCGACACUUUGGCUUCAAUGCGCUGUACUCGGUGAAGAAUUGCGUGGCGGGCAGCUGCCUGCAUCCGCACAUCUGCGAUGUCCAGCAGCGCUGCGUCUGCCCCGCCGGCUAUGUGGGCGCGCGCUGCGAGAUCGAGAUCUGUCCGAGCAAUUGCCAUGCCAAGCGGCUGCAGGGCUAUUGCGACACGGAAUACGGACGUUGCAUAUGCAGCAACAACAACUAUGCUGGCGCCGAUUGCGGCACUUUGGUGCAGCGGAAUCACCUGGUGAUGACGGAGCUGUUCAACACGCAGCUGCUGAGCGAGGCACUGGAGCAUCUGCGCAAGACUAUACCACGUUUUGGUCACUCGGUUAAUGCGGAUCGACGCGGCUCGCUGUGGAUGUUUGGCGGCUAUUCGCCCAGUCACGGGCCGCUCAAUGAUUUCCGUCAGUUUGACACGAAGAACGGCACCUGGCUGCAGGUCACCGUGGAGUCAUCCACGCCCGAGGAUCGUAUGCCGCUCGGACGUUACUUUCACGCCGCCGAGAUCUAUGUGAAGAAGCAGAACAUUUAUAUUUAUGGCGGCAUCGGCGCCAAUUCGCGUCUGCUCUCCGACUUUUGGCAGUUCUCCAUACAGAACCAGCGCUGGCAUCAAAUCGAGAUGGAUCCCGCGGCCCAGACGGAGUCGCCCACAGCGCUGGCCGGGCACACCCUAACCCAUAUACGUUAUCAGGAGCGCGAGUCCCUGCUGCUUGUGGGCGGCCUGAGCUUGAACAAGUCCCGCCCCCUGGAGCUGUGGGAGUUCAACUUGGACAGCGGUCGCUGGCAGCAGCUGGCGGCGAUGGGCGCACGCCUGCCGGUGCUUUUCGGGCACAGCGCCGUGUACCAUGUGGAGACGCACAGCGUCUACGUUUUUGGCGGCUAUGCGGCAGGCGAGGCGCAGAGCAGACUGUACGCCCUGGAUUUGACAAAGCUCAGCUGGACGGAGCUGCCCACGUUUAGGGAGCUGAAUUCACCCGCCUCGCUGCUGCCGCGUGCGCGCUAUUUCCAUUCGGCCGUCACCACGGAGCACUACAUGGUCGUCUAUGGCGGCCGGACGAGUCCCUAUAAUGCCACAGAUGUGCUCAUCGCCUAUGUGUUUGCGUGCAAUCAGUGGGUGCGCCUGACGGACGAUGUCCAGCUUAUCGGACGCCUGCCGGUGGCCAGCUAUGCGGAGGACAUGACCAUCGAUGCGGACAGUGGUACGAUCUAUGUAAUUGGCGGCUGGGAUGGCAGCGCCACACAGAGUCAUGUGACCCGGAUCAAUAUGCCCGAGGACAUUUGCCAGCUGUGGAGCGGCGGCAAGUCCAUGUGCCGCCAUUAUAUGGGCUGCAGCUACUGCACCGUCCAGAGCACCUACAGCAACAGUUCGCAUUGCUUCACCCAGGGCCGGGCGCCGUGCGCCAACUACAAUGGCACGCUGAUCAUCAACAACGGUCCCGCCUGCAACGAUGUGUGGCUCUCGAGUCGCAAUUGCUCCAGCUUUGGCAGCUGCAGCGCCUGCCUGGCCGCCUGGCCCAUACACCAGGAGCUGACCCCGGUCUGUCAGUGGUGCGACGAGUGCGGCAUUCGUGGACGUUGCGUGCCCGCCGGCGUGGAUUGCGCGCGGAACAGCGCCUGGUGUCCCAAGGAGCUGAGCGUCGGCGUGCUCGGACUGUGUCCCCUGCCCCAGUGCCAUCAGCUGGGCUGCGAGGCGUGCAUGCUGCACAGCGAGCAGUGCCAUUGGGCGCGCAACGAACUGGGCCACGUGGAGUGCAUUGCCCGCGAGCUGGUCGAGAAGAAUGCGUAUCGCCUGGUCGAACAGUGUCCGCCCGCCUGUCACACGCACACCAAUUGCAGCAGCUGUUUGCAGUCCGCGCCGGAUGCGUUUGCCUCCACGGAUUGCAAAUGGUCGACCAUGUUGAAUGCAUGCUUGUCGCCCAGCGCGCAGCCGUUGCUCUGUGCCGGCGGCGUUUGUGGCCUGGUGCUGGAAGCUAGCGAGCUGGAACGUUGUCCCGAACCGUGUCAUGUGUAUACCCAGUGCUCCAGCUGUCUGGAGCAUGCCCAUUGCGGCUGGUGUGCCCGCGAGGGCUUCAAUGGCGAUGGCAUCUGCACGGAGGGUGCACUCGAGCACCGGCAGGAGCAUCCCUCCGGCUCCACUUGCGAUUUAAUCUACAGCAGCUGGCGCAACGAUUCCCAGCUAACCCAUGCGGAUGUCGUCAGUUGGCAUUAUGUGCAAUGCCCGGCGGAGAAUGAGUGCGAGAAUGGACACCAUAAUUGUGAUGCCGUCUCCGAGCAGUGCAUUGACCUGGACACGCCCACCCUGGGCUAUAAGUGCGUCUGUGCCGCCGGCUAUCGCGAGGAGCAGAACAGCUGUCUCCCGGUCUGCUCGCAGGGCUGCGUACGGGGCAACUGCAUCCGGCCGAACGAAUGCAAAUGCGACUUUGGCUAUGUGGGCGAGAACUGCAGCAUCCAGUGCCUGUGCAACGGGCAUUCCAACUGCGAGUCGAGCAGCCGGCUGGACAUAUGCCUGAAGUGCCACAACAACACGAUGGGCGAGCAGUGCGAGAAGUGCCAGCCCCUGUUUGUGGGCAAUCCGCGCGAGGGUCACGCCUGCCAGCCCUGCCUGGAGUAUUGCCAUGGCCAUUCGGACGUGUGUGUGGCCUACGAUGCGGAUCCGGCUGUCUUCAAUAUGACACACUCCGAGCUGGAGCGCAUCCUGCCCGAGGGACCCGCCCACAAUGCCACCUGCCUGCGCUGUGCCAACAACACAGCCGGCGAUCGUUGCGACAGCUGCCUGUUGGGCUAUUUCCGCGGCAGCGAGGAUCUGCACAAGCAGUGCCGUCCCUGCCAGUGCCAUGGACACGGCAAUGUCUGUGAUGCCGUCACGGGCGAGAAGUGCAACUGCGCCAACAAUACGGAAAGCGAUGCCACCUGCACGGCCGGCGGUGGCAAGAACUCGGCCCAGCUCUGCUGGAGCGUCCAAUGCUCCAAGUGCCGCGACUCGUAUGCCGGCAAUCCCACCGAUGGACACCAGUGCUACAAGCAAAUUACGGUCGAGUCGCGCAUGUGCUUCGAUGCCAAGCCAAUAGAGGAAUGCAAAUCGAAGCCGGCGGCGUUGAAGCCCGGCCAGACGGUGUUCUUUGUCAUCCAGCCACGCUUCAUGAACGUGGACAUACGCAUCAUUAUUGAUGUUACCCAAGGCGAACUGGAUGUGUUCAUGUCGCCGCAGGAUGAUUCGUUUAUUGUCGAAACGAAUGAGACGACGGGCUUUCACGAAAUCUUCCUGGACAAUCGCUACAAUUGGGGGCCCAAAACGAAGCGCGAACAUCCGCUGAACGUGGCCCUGCCCCGCCACGACAAUGUGACGCUGCAGAAGCUGUUCGCGCCGGAACGACGCACUGGCACGAGCAGCGCUGGCCUCGGGAUGGGCCUUGGCAGCAGCAGCAGCAGCGGCAGCAGCAGCUUCUAUGUGCCGCAGCUGCACGACUGCCGCAGCCAUGGCGGGCACAGCUUUGUGGUACAGGAUCAGUACGCCAAGGAUCUGAGCACACACGUGACACUCAAUCAGUGCAAUACGCUGUUGCGUUUGUUUGGACUAAGGAAUCGUCUGGUGUUGACGCUGCCGCAGCAUGCCCACAAUUUGAGUGCGACGCGUUUCUUUAUUGCUUUGCGCGCCAGAUCCGGACCGGAGCCGAGCUAUGGCUCUGUGGUGUUUCGUCAGGAUCAGCUGCACAUCGAUCUCUUUGUGUUCUUUUCCGUAUUCUUCUCCUGCUUCUUUCUCUUUCUGGCCCUGUGCGUCAUCGUCUGGAAGGUAAAACAGGCCGCGGAUUUGCGUCGCGCUCGCCGCCAGCAUGUUGUCGAGAUGCUGCACCUGGCCAAGCGUCCGUUUGCCCAGAUCUUUUUGGCCUCCGCCAGCCUGGACAUGGACAACAGUCCACCGGCCACGUCUGCCACCACCACGCGCCACAUGCGCCAGCGUGCACGCCAGGCGCUGCUUCUGCAGCAGCAACAGCAUCUCCAGAGCGAAACCCAGCUGCACAACCAGCCGACACACAACACGAGCAGCACCCAAACCCACUCCAGUCACACCCACUCCAGCCACAGCCACACCCACUCGAGCCAUACCCACUCGAGCCACACUCACUCGAGCCACGGCCACUCGAGCCACUUGAGAAGCAGCUCGCGUCCGGUACAGGCCACGGAAAUCAUGCUGGUGGCCAUUGAGCCGACCAACGAUAAUCUCGCCGCGGUGGGCACCGUUUUUGUCAGCCUGCCCGGCCGCUCCAAGGCGCCGCUCAGCAUUGCGCUCGGCUCCACCCUGAUAUCCUAUCCGCGCCAAUAUCCGAUCAAUGCGCGCCACUUUAUGCGCACCCAGCGUCAUCAUCAGGUCUAAGGGGCUCCAAACUCUCAACUCUCAACUCUGGUAAAUCAGACGCAAAAUGUAAGUGUUAAUCUAUCGUAAAUCCCGCCCCGUCCCCGCCGUUCCCCUUCAGCCCCAUAUGCAGCAGCACUAGUGAAUUAUAUAUAUAUAUAUAUGUACCCGCAUAUAUAUAUUACAGAUAAUAUAUAUAAAUAUGAUAUA